AUGCUGCCCUUGCCGGAGCUGGCUGGUGGCCUCGGUAACCUUCGCUUUCCUACCACACUCGUGGGUGGAGGAUCGCGGGAGUCCAGCGUCGUGGGGACUGCUUCCUUUUCCAGCUCAGAAGAUAAAAUAACUGUCCACUUUAUAAAUCGUGAUGGUGAAACAUUAACAACCAAAGGCAAAGUUGGUGACUCCCUGCUAGAUGUGGUGGUUGAAAAUAACCUAGAUAUCGAUGGUUUUGGUGCAUGUGAGGGAACCCUGGCUUGCUCCACGUGUCACCUCAUCUUUGAAAAGCACAUCUACGAGAAGUUGGAAGCGGUGACUGAUGAGGAAAAUGACAUGCUUGAUCUGGCGUACGGACUAACAGAUAGGUCCCGGUUGGGCUGCCAAAUCUGCUUGACAAAGUCCAUGGACAAUAUGACCGUGCGUGUGCCCGAAGCCAUCGCCGACGCCAGGCAGUCCGUUGACGUGGGCAAGAACUCCUAAGCUAGAAUAAAUAGGAAUAUUUUCAUGGAAUUUUACCUAUUUUUAUAAUUAUUAUUUCCUAAUAUAAUUAAAGAAUCUGGAUGAAUGGGUUUAUUAUUGUGACUAGCUUUACUACUUUAAAUCACUUUAUGUAACUACUAGAUUUGUAGUCCUGAUCUUAUGUAAUCUUCAUUUUGGUUAAAUUAUAAAAAUCAUGAAAUAUGAGAAAAUAGCUAA